AUGGUGGAGAUUCAAGAACAAAUCAACCCCUUUGAUGAAGAAGAAAAUGAAGACAAGGAAGAAGAAGAAGAUAUCGACUAUGAUCAGCUUAAGAAGAGAAUGUGGAAGGAUCGGAUCCUGUUGCAGAAGCUAAAGGAGAAACGCCCCAAAGAAGAGCCAGACCAAGAAGCAAAAGAAGAAGCAUCCAGGCUGAAGAAGAUGUCAAGAGCACAAGAUGCAAUCCUCAAAUACAUGGUGAAGAUUAUGGAAGUUUGCAAUGCUCAAGGUUUUGUGUAUGGGAUUAUCCCCGAGAAGGGUAAGCCAAUGACUGGCUCUUCUGACAGCUUGCGUGAGUGGUGGAAAGAAAAGGUCAGAUUUGAUCAAACUGCUCCAACUGCCAUUGCAAAAUUCAUGCCACUCCUUGAAAUGGAUGACAUGGAUCCAACUUCCUAUAUACAUCUCCUUAAUGACUUGCAAGACACUACUUUGAGUUCACUUCUUUCUGCUCUCAUGCAACAUUGUAUACCUCCCCAAAGAAGAUUCCCUCUUGAGAGAGGCUUGCCUCCACCGUGGUGGCCAACAGGGACAGAAACUUGGUCGGGUGAACAAGGCCUUUUGGCCCAAGAUCAUGGCCCACCUCCUUAUAGGAAGCCCCAUGAUCUCAAAAAGGUUUGGAAAGUGUCUCUCUUGGCGGCGGUAAUCAAACACAUAUCUCCUAAUUUGGAUAAGCUUAGAAGGUUGGUGACUCACUCCAAAACUUUGCAAGACAAGAUGACAGCCAAGGACACAGCAACUUGGUCCAAGGUUAUGAACCAAGAAGAAGCUCUGUUGCAACUAACCAACAAGUGCCUCAGAAUCUCUCUAUCAAAGGAAGAUGAAAAUGAAUGUGAAAGCUCCACUAGUACUUCCCACGAAGGGAGUUGUGUAGCUGAGUUGAAUGAUGACUUCAAUUUAGGUGGCAUCAUUGAGAAAAGGAAGAGUAUGAUUGACUUAGAUGGUACUAUUGAUAAGCUAUAUGCUUGUCAAUACUAUCAGUGUCCACAAAGUGAAACAGGUAUGGGAUUUCCAGACAAAAACUCAAGGAUGAACCAUGAGUCCAGUUGUACUUACGGCACAAAUCAGAGCCCAGCUCUCCUUCAUGAUCAAGUGUCCAAUGACUCACAAAUUACAUUCGUGAAUGAUUGGAUGAAUAUGGAGGUAGCAAGAGCUAAUCAGAAUAAUAAUGAUCAUUUUGGACAUCUAAAUGAUCAACGGAGAGAUAUUUCAGGACAGUCACCAGAAGAUUAUGGAGGCUUAUGGCUAAAUUCCCUUGAAGAUCUUGAAUCGCACGCUGCACUGGAUCAGAUGGACAUGCACUUGAGUCAAAAUCCGGAGCAAGAUACACCACAAGGCCAAGAAAUAACCUCAAUUUGGGACUUAACCUACAAAUAG